AUGGAAGACAGCCCUAUGUCGGGCCUCCCAGGCCCAAUUCCACCGGAUAGGGGCCCUGAAUCCAGCCCGAAUGAAGUUCUAACCGCUAAAUUACAGGCGCAAGACCUGCAAUUAAAAGCGUUAACUACGCAAUUGGAUCAACUUCAGCACACAAUUCAACAGUUAACAUCUCUGUUGACGCUGAAAAAUGGUGAACCCACUAGUUUUAGUGGUAUUGCGGGUAUUAAUACCCCCAAUAGCGGUAAUCUGGAGGCCAACCCACAGAUUUUUAGCGCUAAUACCGCUACCGCACCACCUAAUCCACCCGGUGUCACAGACCUGAAGGACAGCCACUGGGCUGUCGCUUAG